UCCUCGUAGAGCCAUACAUACCAAACGCGCCUCUCCUUCCCGAAUCUCAUAGAAGGCAGUAUCCUGAGCUACGUCGCAAAAAUGGCCGUCUCCUCGUGUCCAUGUCCCAAGUCCCUUGCCGUCUUCUCCCCUUCCUUCGAAUGCCGUUCCGAUCCGUCCGGCACGGACCAGCCGAGCUACAGCCGGUUUUCUCCUCGAGUCAAUUCGGUUCGUCAUGGAACGGCAUCAUUUUUCGGAGGUGGAAUGUCAUCUCUGAUCUUGAAGUUCCCUCCUAACUUUGUCCGCCAGCUCAGCACUAAGGCUCGCAGGAACUGCAGCAACAUCGGCGUCGCACAAGUAGUCGCGGCUUCGUGGUCCAACAACUCCGCCUCCAGUGUUCCCUCGGCGGCGGCCAACGCUGCCGCCGCCGCCGCCUCUGCAAUCCCCACUGCCGAGCCAGUUAUCGGCGAUAAGGUGGUGGUAGUUGAGGAGCUUAACGAGAAUGAAAGUGUACAGUUGAAGGAUCUAACUACCGAGAAUUCGUUUUUGGGCUCCGAUGGAAGCCUUGCAGUUCAUGCCGGAGAAAGAUUAGGUCGCGGUAUAGUUACAGAUGCAAUUCCGACUCCAGUGGUUAAUACUUCUGCAUAUUUCUUUAAGAAAACUGCUGACCUUAUUGACUUCAAGGAGAAACGCAGUGCAAGUUUUGAAUAUGGCCGCUAUGGAAAUCCAACCACAGUGGUCGCAGAAGAGAAGAUAAGCGCACUUGAGGGGGCUGAAUCGACUUUGAUUAUGGCAUCUGGGAUGUGUGCUAGUACAGUCAUGCUGAUGGCAUUGGUUCCAGCUGGUGGGCAUAUUGUGACAACCACAGAUUGCUAUAGAAAGACAAGGAUCUUCAUUGAGAAUAUUCUUCCUAAAAUGGGAAUCACGGCCUCCGUGAUUGACCCUGCAGAUAUUAAAGGUCUUGAAUCUGCACUUGAUAACAACAAAGUUUCUCUUUUCUUUACUGAGUCUCCUACCAAUCCAUUAUUCAGAUGUGUUGACAUCAAGUUAGUUUCAGACCUCUGCCAUAGAAAAGGAGCAUUAGUUUGCAUAGAUGGUACGUUUGCAACACCUCUUAAUCAGAAGGCCCUUGCUCUAGGUGCUGAUCUUACUCUGCACUCUGUAACAAAGUUCAUUGGUGGCCAUAAUGAUGUCCUUGGAGGAUGCAUAAGUGGUUCCACAAAGAUAAUUUCAGAAAUUCGUAAUUUGCACCAUAUUUUGGGUGGCACUCUUAACCCGAAUGCUGCUUAUCUGAUCAUCCGAGGCAUGAAGACACUGCAUCUUCGUGUACAGCAACAGAAUUCAACAGCAAUGAGGAUGGCCGAAGUUUUAGAGGCACAUCCUAAGGUGAGGUGCGUUUAUUAUCCUGGCUUGCCUAGUCAUCCUGAACAUCACAUUGCCAAGCAGCAAAUGACUGGCUUUGGUGGUGUCGUCAGUUUUGAGGUUGAUGGAGACUUGAAGACCACCAUAAAAUUUGUGGAUUCAUUGAAAAUCCCAUAUAUUGCCCCAUCAUUUGGUGGUGUUGAAAGCAUUGUAGAUCAGCCUGCUAUAAUGUCUUACUGGGAUCUUACACAAUCACAGAGGGAAAGUUAUGGGAUUAAAGAUAACUUGGUUCGGUUCAGCUUUGGAGUUGAAGCCUUUGAAGAUUUGAAAGCUGAUGUACUUCAAGCUCUGGAGGCCAUAUAGGGUGGUGGAUGUGGGAGACUUCAAAGUCCGUGUUUUGGGAUUCUGGAGGAUGAAUAUUAUAAAGCUUGGAGACUGCAUUACGCGCAGCAUCUAUCCUGUCUUCUUUUUUUUUCCUCCUUUGUAUGCUCAAUUGUGGCUGUUAUUUGGUGGUUCAAACGACGUUUGAUCAACAAGUUUUUUUGUUUCAGUUUGACAGACAUUACUUUCAAGUGAUGAUUCUUGAACAUGAAACUUUAAUUUGGUAAUCUUUAAUCAAUGUCAUUCUGCUGGUUUAUGCUCUGAA